AUGGAGGAAUAUCAGCCCCACCAUGAUGAGAUUGGCUUCAAUGCUGAUGAAGCACACAAUAUUGUGAAAGAGUGUAUAGAUGCUAUAUUGGGCGGUGUGGAUUAUAAUCAGAAUAAUGUCAACCAGUGGACUGCAGCUAUAGUGGAACAAUCUUUAACCCAUUUGGUAAAGUUAGGGAAGACAUAUAAAUAUAUUGUUACUUGUGCAGUGAUGCAGAAGAGUGGAUCUGGUUUACACACAGCCAGUUCAUGUUUUUGGGAUACCACAUCUGAUGGAACCUGUACCAUAAGAUGGGAGAAUCAAACUAUGAACUGUAUUGUCAAUGUUUUUGCCAUUGCUAUUAUCCUGUAGCUAAAUGGAAAUGUUAUACCAGCGCCUUUAAUAUAAGAAAUUAUCAAAAUGUUCUUGAUAAAACUAU